AUGCUUCUGGAAGAUUUACCCAAUGAAUUGUUCAUCGAAAUCAUUCGAUGUUCAUCGACCUUAGAUCUACUUCGAUCCUUCUACAAUCUCAAUCUUCGGAUCAAUCAACUUCUCUUCGCUCAUUUUCGCACUUCUACCAUCGAUUUCUCAUCAAUAGCUCUGCGUGACUUUCGUCUGGUUUGUCGAGAGUAUUUGCCGCUGAUAGUCGAUCAAAUAACCUCACUGCGACUUUCCAAUGAUGACAAAACACCUCAGCAAAUGGAAGUUUUUCUCCAGCAUGGUUUAACACUUCACCAACUGUCAAAUUUACAAUCGCUUUCAUUGUAUGGAAUUAGUUUGCAGGAGACGAUGUUCUCGACAAUAUCUCAAUUGAGAUUUCUUGAUCGUUUAACUCUAGCUGAUUGUUCUCUGUCAUGUAAUCAAAAUGCAAGUCAAAACUUCAGCAACACCAUCUGGAGUCUGCCGGCACUCACCUACUGUUAUCUGAACAUCAGCUUCAAAGGAGAUAGCUUCAUUCUACCAACAGUCGAGUCACUGUCAUUAACAUGUCUAUCAAUUUGGGGUAUCACAUAUGAUCAAAUGCAAUUUAAUACUAUUUGCCGGCACACACCUUGUCUAGAACGAUGUUCUAUUCUAUUCAAUAUGGAUUCUUCUGAUCCGGUCGAUCUUUUUCAACAUAGGUUCUCAUCGGUGACUCGCUUUAGACUACAUUUAUCUCAUAUAGGAGAAAACCAUUUAGAGUGCAUACUGCAAACGAUGCUGAAUUUAAGGCAAUUGAUUAUUGAUAUUGAUUCUCUUGAUUCUCAUUCAUCAAGUCCAAUUUUCAAUGGUUCUCAAUGGGAAAUGAUCCUUCGUCGUCGCUUACCUCAUCUAAAAGUUUUUCGAUUGCGAAUGAAAUUCUAUUUUCCGGAUGAAGAUGACUUGGACGGACAAGUAGCUGAUUUACUUCGAUCCUUUCGGAGUCCAUUUUGGCUUGAAGAACAUCAAUGGUUCGUUCGAUGCCACUGGAAUGGAGAAGGUGAAGCUAGUCUCUAUACAUUACCCUACAGAUAUAACGAUGUGUGGCUUGAUUCUUCAACGAAAUUUCAGUCGACAUGUCCAAACAACGAUCAUCAUUGGUUCCAUUAUCAUGUGAAUCGUCUUGAAUAUAAAUCUUGCCCUAUUCGAUCAGAAAUUCCAUCAGUGAUUCGUUUCAGGAAUGUUCGUGAUUUGUGGAUUGAUUGUUCUAUUCCAGAACGAUGUCUGAGUGAUAUUUGUCAACUGAAUCAAGUUACUGCACUAUUUCUUUUCACCACUAGCAGUACUCAUGCUGAUGUCGAACUCCAAGAUCUGAUCAAUCGGAUGCCUAACCUUUUUUCACUCGGUUUUCAUCAAUUUUCAAUCGCUGGUAUGCAACAACCGAUUUUUCGAUUGGCACACGCGAAAAUUCGUGAACUAGACCUACGAUUUAUUUCGAAUUUCUUAACUGCUGACCAGUGUGCAGCUCUAUGCCGUUCACCACUAGGCCAACAGUGUGAAGUUCUGUACAUACGAAUAGAGAAGAAGUCUGUCGUACCUGAAUUAAUUCAUAAUAUGGCCAAUCUUCGUGUUUUGACUAUUCUACUCGAAGGUAAUAACUCUACGGGAACAUAUGGUGAUGUGAUUAUUCAAUGGCUAAGAGAGCAUCUACCACCAACAUGUUUAAUCAACAGAGAUCCCGAGUUCAGAGCGGAAAUCCAUAUUUGGCUUUAA